AUUGAGAAGMUGGACUAUCAUUAUUACCUACCUCUGUUUUUUGAUGGGCUUACUGAAAUGACAUUUCCGUAUGAAUUUUUUGCUCGGCAAGGAAUCCAUGACAUGCUGGAACAUGGUGGCAACAAGAUUCUUCCUGUUGUUCCUCAGCUCAUUAUCCCCAUAAAAAAUGCACUGAGCCUUCGUAACCGACAGGUCAUCUGCAUCACGCUGAAAGUCCUCCAGCACCUGGUGGUGUCAGCCGACAUGGUGGGGGAGGCCUUGGUGCCCUAUUAUCGGCAAAUCCUCCCAGUCCUAAACAUCUUUAAGAAUAUGAAUGUUAAUUCAGGCGAUGGGAUAGACUACAGCCAGCAAAAGCGUGAAAAUAUUGGAGAUCUGAUUCAGGAGACACUGGAAGCCUUCGAGCGCUACGGUGGAGAGACUGCUUAUAUAAACAUUAAGUACAUGAUCCCGACUUAUCAGUCGUGCAUAUUAAACUAAGUUGUGUCAAAAGGGAUGAUUCCAUUUGUGCUCUAAAAAAAACGAUAUCUAACUCUGUGUGGCAUCUUGUUAGUCAUGCUUUUUUUCUCUACAGCUGCUAAAAUAGUGGCUUCUGGGGCUUUAGACUGUUAGCACUAUUGUGAACAAGUCUUUCCAAUACAUAAAUAGUGCCUGUUCCUUUGAUUACAAUGGUGUACUGUGCUUGUUUGUUCCAAGAAAGAAUUGCUUCUUUGUAACAGAACUGACUGGAGCAGGAAUCAGAGUUAAACCUUCAGU